AUGAUCACCUCUAUCGAAUGGACAUGGCCAUCUGAAAUAAAGAAAUGUAGAUUUAAUUUUAGCUUGGUUCUCUUUCUUUUUCCAAGUCACCAUUUUCCGGAUUUGGACCUCUUUUCUUUUUUUUUUUUCUUAACUUUACAACCAUUCAAUGGUCGAUUUCUUUUUUCCUUUUCUCUCUCUUGCCUGAUACAUUCUCUCACCUCUCUCACUAGAGAGAUGUUUAUCUCCUCCCUGGUCAGAUACACUUUCACUUUCUCUUAUUGGACAUAUGUUAUUUUUUUCUCCCUCAUUGUUUUCUCCUUUCACAACCUUCUAUCAUCUUCCAACUAUCUCACUUUUUCUUCGUCUAUCCCUCUCUCUUAUUUACGUCAGCCUCUCAACCAACGUGUCACUUUUUCUUCGUCUAUCCCUCUCUCUUAUUUACGUCAGCCUCUCAACCAAAAAAACUUUUUCUUCGUCUAUCUAUUUCUCUUAUUUAGGUCAGCCUCUCAACCAACGUGUCACUUUUUCUUCGUCUAUCCCUCUCUCUUAUUUACGUCAGCCUCUCAACCAACGUGUCACUUUUUCUUCGUCUAUCCCUCUCUCUUAUUUACGUCAGCCUCUCAACCAACGUGUCACUUUUUCUUCGUCUAUCCCUCUCUCUUAUUUACUUGCCAUUUCUUUUUAUUUCAUAUUUUAUUUUUACUAUUUUGUCCUAUUCGCUUUCUUCACUUCUUUUAUUUCUUUCUUUUCUUCCCUUUUUUUCACAUUUUCUCUCUCUUUAUCUAUAUUCUUUUUAAUUUCUCUCUGCCUUACCUUCUUUUUCUUUUUACUACUAAAACUUCUUCCUUUCUUUUUCUCGUCUGUCCUUCUCUUUCCUUCUAUUUCUUUUCUUUCUUCUUUAGGCUGAAACUCUUUCUUUUUCAUUUAUAUUCAUUCUUCCUUCAACUAAAACUCUGCCUCUCUUUUUCUUAUUUUUCCUUUCCUUUUCUUUAUUACCGUUUCUUUGUCUUUUUUCUCUCCUCUCCUUCCUUCUUUAUUUCUGUCUACCUUUCCCUUCUUUCUCUCACCUCAAUCAUUUCAUUACACAUUCUUUCUCUUCUUCUGUCUGUCUCUCUCUUUGUAUUUAUCCCUCCUCGACUUCCCAUUUUCUAUCACUUCAUUUUCAUUGUAGGUGUCAUUCUUGUGGCUGAAGCAAACCACCAAGUCCCACACUCAGAUCAAUAUCAUCAUCCAUUCAUUCACUUUCAUUUCCAACAAAAGAUUGAAUAUAUCACAGAAAUUCAUGGCCACACAGUUUCAACCUCAUUAUCUCAGGCGCCACAAAUCAUACAGACACAUAAUCACCUGAUGCUGAGUGAUAUUUAA